ACCAUGCCUGCUCAGGUACGCAAACGUGCUCCAGCCUUUAGCCUACAGGAGACACUGGAUCUGAUUGCCAUGUGGGGAGAAGAGCCUGCCCAGGCAGAUGUCUUUGCCAAAAUCGCACAGCGCAUGGGGGAAAAAGGCUACACCAGGGACGCACAGCAGUGCCGGGUGAAAAUAAGGGCACUCAUGCAAGCGUACCAGAAGACAAGGAUGGCGAAUAGUCGCUCUGGUGCUGAGCCACAGAGAUGCCGCUUCUAUGAGCAGCUGCAUGCGAUUCUAAGCAGGGACUCCCUCAGUUUCCCAAUAUUCGUCGUGGAUAGCAUCUCGGGCGCCAAUUUUUAUAUGGUGGACAUUGUUGAUGAGGAGGACUUUGUUGAUGAGGAAGAGGAGGAGAAUGCUCAGCAGUCAAGCGGACGAUCCAUUCUCCCUGAAAACCAGGACCUUUCCCUAACUCUGGAGCCAAUCGCCUCCCAGGACCCACUGGUGCGGGACUGUGAUAGUGGGGAAGGCACCUCUGCUACAACCUUGUCUCUGCUGGGUGCUUCCUCCACUCCAGCACAAAGGCGGUCCCAGAUUAGAAGGCGAAAAAAGCGGACAAGGGAAGCAGGGCCAGCUCAAGGUUUUUUUCCGCCCCAAGUGGCUCAGUUCAUGCCCAGGCUUGAAAUUAAGGAAUUAAAGCCAUAG